AGUCAAGUCAGUGGCAAGAACCAUCGAGAUGUGGCGUUUACAUUUGUUCCUACUCCUGUCCACCUGUUUUUUGGUGCCCCACGAUGCCAAGCCCACAAAGCGAUCACCGGUUGGAUUUUCCUCGACCACAUUGGCCUCACUGCUCCUGGAAACGGAUAAUACCAGCAAUGGCACUACGGAUCAGCCCACAAGUACCGAGAGUUCUUCUGUAAGGACCCCACGAGUCACCAAUAUCGGACGUUUGGCCUCCAAGGAUCUGGCAGAUUUGCUUUUGGCCAGCAUGCAGGCACGUGGCGCCAAGUUGACCUCCUUCCAGGAGUCCACAAUGAAAUCGCUGCGCACUGAGGAGACCAAGGAUAUAAAGGGCAACAAUGUGUUCCUGCAGGUGGGCAUGGAUGUGAUAAUCGACAUUUUGAUCGGAGCUCGGGAUAAUGCCACCUGUGGAAGGAUCAUCCAGGACAUUGAUCAGUCGCAGGAUAGGAAUAGCCUGACCUUGACCCUCAAGUCCUUCUUGGCCCUGUGCUUCUUCAAUGGCAUCGAGUGCGCCAAGGAUGAGGUGGCCCAGGUGAUUAAGAGCACCCACUCGCGUCAGCGCCAACAGGCCAAGGUCGUUGUGGAUGAAGAUCAUCAUCAGCAGGCUGAGGGUUCGGGUCUUCGCACCGCCCGUCGGGUGGGCGUGGUCAAGGACGACCGCAACUCGGUCCUGAAGUUCCUGCAGGCCCGGAAUAUCAACGAACUGAGCGCUAUUCUUAACACUCUGCUGCAAGUGUGCGGAGCUUCGGGCGGUGAGGCCCACAAGAUCAUCCGGAAUUUGCGAGAGAUGGGUCCCGACAGCGUCAGUUUGCUGCAGGUUAAUUCGUUUAGCAUGCUAUCCGUAUCGCUGCUCGACAGUUUGUCCGCAAUUGCCGAGGGUAAGACGAGUGGCUUGUGCUCCGCCGGCCCCGAAAGUUGGAUCGUCCGCCUGCUGGCAAUGGGCGUUGACAAAGUAGUCCUGAUGGGUCUGAUGACCGCCCUCGAUCGCACCAUUGCGACCUCGACCUCCUCAUCCGCCGAAAUGGCCAAUGCUGCAGCCCUAAACACCCUGAAUGGUGGUGACCUCACAGAUACUAAAGCCCAAGUUCUUCAAAAGUCCGCGGCCACCUCAAAGCGAGCUAUAUUGGAUUCGGGCGCUGCUAACGAUUUCAAUUUGGCACCAUCAGUCGAGGAAAUCGGUUCUUUAAACUCAGUUAAUGAUCUAAUUAAUGCCAAUGUCCCCGUCGGAGCUAAUCUUCCAAUUUUAAGUAAUGCUGAUGGUGGUGUUAACAACGUUCUUAAUCAGGGAUCCGAUGUUGUUGUCCAAGGACAAGGAAACAAUUUUAACCGCCUAGUGGGUGCACGAAUUCCCGUUUUAGCGAGUGCUCCGAUAUUGUCCAAUGUUAACAGGGGAAGUUCAUCGUCUAGCUCUUCGGGAACUCCAUCCAGUUCUUCGUCUUCCUCGAGUCCAUCUACCAGUUCCGGAUCUUCCGGCUCGACAAGUUCGGGAUCUUCGGGAAGUUCAUCGGGCGGCGGUAACAAUUUCAACUUGGCUCCUACUGUUGAUGAAUCUGGCACUGGAAACACUGUUAAUGAUCUUAUCAACGCCAAUGUGCCCGUCGGAGCUUUUGCCCCUAUUCUAAGUAAUGUCGAUGGAAAUGGUUUAACCGGAAACGUUCUUAAUCAGGGAUCUGAUAUAUUGAUCAAAGGACAAGGAAACACUUUUAACCGUUUAGUGGGUGCACGAAUUCCCGUUUUAGCGAGUGCUCCGAUAUUGUCUAAUGUUAACAGUGGAAGUUCGUCGACUAGCUCUUCGGGAACUCCAUCCAGUUCUUCGUCUUCCUCGAGUCCAUCUAGCAGUUCGGGAUCUGCCGGUUCUACAAGUUCGGGCUCUUCCGGAAGUUCAUCGGGUAACAAUUUUAACUUGGCUCCCACUGUUGAUGAAUCUGGCACUGGAAACACUGUUAAUGAUCUUAUCAACGCCAAUGUGCCCGUAGGAGCUUUUGCUCCUAUUCUUAGUAAAGUUGAUGGAAGUGGUUUAGCCGGAAACGUUCUUAAUCAGGGAUCUGAUGUUGUUAUUAGAGGACAAGGAAACACUUUCAAUCGCUUAUUGGGUGCACGAGUUCCAGUUUUAGCAAGUGCUCCGAUAUUGUCUAAUAUUAACAGUGGAAGUUCGUCGACUAGCUCUUCGGGAACUCCAUCCAGUUCUUCGUCUUCCUCGAGUCCAUCUAGCAGUUCGGGAUCUUCCGGUUCUACAAGUUUGGGGUCUUCCGGAAGUUCAUCGGGAGCGGGUAACAAUUUUAACUUGGCUCCCACUGUUGAUGAAUCUGGCACUGGAAACACUGUUAAUGAUCUUAUCAACGCCAAUGUGCCCGUAGGAGCGUUUGCCCCUAUUCUAAGUAAAGUUGAUGGAAAUGGUUUAGCCGGAAACGUUCUUAAUCAGGGAUCUGAUGUUGUUAUUAGAGGACAAGGAAACACUUUCAAUCGCUUAGUGGGUGCACGAGUUCCAGUUUUAGCAAGUGCCCCGAUAUUGUCUAACAUUAACGGUGGAAGUUCAUCGUCUAGUUCUUCGGGAACCCCAUCUAGUUCUACUUCUUCCUCAAGUCCAUCUAGCAGUUCGGGAUCUUCCGGCUCUACAAGUUCAGGAUCUACUGGUUCUUCUGGUAGCUCAUCUUCUGGCACUCCUAGUUCUUCCAGCUCAUCAGUACUUGGAAACAAUGUGAAUGUUAAGGGCGAUAGCAUUACUGGCAAUCAGAAUUUCCUUUUCAAGCUUCUUGAUCUUGGACUCCCAGUUUCUCUUGCCGCUCCGGUGCUCAGUAUCAUUAAUCAGGGAUCGGGUUCAAGUGGCUCUUCAAGUGGUUCUUCGGGUAGUUCCCCGAGUGGUUCUUCAAUUGGAUCUUCGGGUAGUUCUCCAAGUGGUUCCACAGGCUCCUCAGUGGGAAAUAAUGCAAACAUCGAUCCCAGUGUUGAUGUUGUUGGUAAUGAUAACCAAGUUACCAAAGUUGUUGAUGCCAAUGCUGAUGUACUAGCUAAUGUUCCUGUUCUCAGCAAAAUAACUGGAUCCGGCCUUGCAAAUAACCUCAACCAAAAACCUAACGUAUUGAUUAGAGGUGAUCGUAAUAAGGUUACCAAGGUUGUAGAUGCCAAUGUUCCCGUUUUGGCGGCUGUUUCGGCGCUCAGCGGUAUCACCGGUGGACCGUCCAGUGGUGGAACCUCUAGUGGUGGAUCCUCUGGUACUGGCUCUUCUAGUGGUGGAUCCUCCUCCUCCUCUUCGGGAGCGUUGGGUGCAUUAGGCGGUCUCACAGGAAGCUCAGGAUCGGGAUCGUCUUCGAGUGGCCUUCUUGGCGGUGUUCUUGGAACCGUCGGUGGUGUCGUUGGCGGUGUAGUGGAACCCGUUCUUGGUGGUGUCGUUGGCGGUGUAGUGGAUCCCGUUCUCAAGGAUGUCGUUGGCGGUGUAGUGGGACCCGUUCUUGGUGGUGUCGUCGGCGGUGUAGUGGAACCCGUUCUUGGUGGUGUCGUCGGAGGUGUAGUGGAACCCGUUCUUGGCGGUGUCGUCGGAGGUGUCCUUCCGGCAGUGGAACCCGUUCUUGGAGGUGUUCUGGGCACCGUUGGUGGCGUCCUGGGCGGUGCUACUGGCAGUUCCUCCAGCUCCUCCAGCCCCAUUGGCGGUCUUACCAGCAUUUUGGGAGGCAGUUCCUCUUCAAACGGUUCCUCCUCCGGGAUUGGAAACAGUGCCAAUAGCGGCGCCGAUACUCUGAUCGUUGGCAAUAAUAACAAUAUCGUCCGCUUGGUGGAUGUCAAUGGAUUGGUCCUAGCCGACAUCCCCAUUUUGAGCAGCAUUACCAAUCUUUUGGGCGCGACAGGACUGGUCGGCAACUCGGCGAAUAAGGGACCCAAGACUGUGGUUAUCGGUAACAACAAUCGUAUAGUGAAGCUGAUUAACGUCGAUCUAUGGGUGUUGGCCUUCCUCGAUGUUUUGAAUAUAGUCCGUGGAAGUGGAGGCGUUUGCAACCAGCUGAACUCUGGACCUUCUACGGAGAUUAUUGGCAAUGACAACGAUGUGGUUCAGUUAGUGGAUGUGGAUUUAAGUGUGUUGUUAGUGGUGGAUUUGUUGAGCCACUUGAUCACCACUGUGGCCAAUGACUGCGGGACCACCACCACCACAACCACCACUACAGAAACACCCACGGUUCAACCUCCUACAGCUCAGCCACCCACUGCUCAGCCACCCACAGCUCAACCACCCACUGCUCAGCCACCCACUCAGGCUCCCACAUUUCAACCGCCCACAUAUGGGCCACCCACCAACGCACCAACCACCAAUCAGCCCCCCACCAACCAGCCUCCUACCAAUCAACCACCCACAAAUCAACCUCCCACAAAUCAGCCUCCCACAAAUCAACCUCCCACGAAUCAGCCUCCCACCAAUGAACCACCCACCAACAGGCCACCCACAAAUGAGCCACCCACCAAUAGGCCACCCACCGAUCAGCCACCCACCAACCGCCCACCGUCGCCUAGUCCCAACAACUGCUAUCGCAGAUAUUGCCGCAAGUGGCGCACUCGUCCCAGCUAUUUGUGCUACAAGAACUGCGGUGGUGCAUAUGUCUACAAGCCCUAAGUCGGUGACCUUGCACCAACACCACCCACACAGCCACCGGAAGCAAGAGAACCACCGGAAGGAAGGCAACCACCGGAACCACCGGCUGUACAGCUACUCAAUAUUGUUAUGCGUGGCACUGCCAGCCUCACUGCCCCUGGGCAUUUAUUUAUUUUUUAUACUUUCUAAGCAAAAGUUGUUUAAUUUAUUUGAAAUAUAUAGAAAUUGAAUCCAUA